AGAAUCUACGUGUUCCAAUCAAAAUAGUCCGAGCGGCUGCUUUCUGCGCAACCAAAGUAGCACUUUGAAGUGAAGUUAGUCAUCAAAAUAUGUAUUUUAUUUAUAUGUCUAUUUUGCAUGUAUACAGGCCACCCGUAGAGUAGUUCAGAUGUCGGACAACGCCGAUGAGUGGCAGGUUGCCCGUCGACGAAAAGGCACCGCGCGGAAAUCAAAAUCACUUCACGUGCCAUCAAAUUCAACAUUCUGCGAGGAACAGCUGGACAUCGGGAAAACUGUUAAACGUAUUCGAGACACAGUAUCUGAGUUGAGUUGUGAGGAAUUUUGGCAGGAAUGGAAAGAGCAGCUAAGGGUGGCAGAAUCCGCAGUUAUCCCCAAACGCGAGAACAAGGAAACAGAGGAGCCAACCGAUCAGCUUCAGAAGAGCAGAGAUGUCACACCAGGUCAGCAGCUGGAGUGUGUGUGUUAUGGCCUUGGCUCCUUUUCCUCCUGUGUGUCAGCUCGCUACCAGUUGGCCAUGUUGCUGCUGCUGCUGGAUUCAGGACAGAUUCCACUGAAAGACUGCUCUAUCUAUGACCCUGCAUUUUCCUCAGGAGAAAAGGAUGUUCUGAGAGAGCUGGGGCUGACUGUGCUCACAGAAAAUGAGGAGGGGAAGCAUUUGGUAUCUGGACCCACACUCUUUUACCUGAUGCAUUGUGGGAAAGCUCUUUACAACAAUCUUCUGUGGAGGAACUGGAACACACAGUGUCUUCCUUGGAUGAUAAUCAUUGGGAACAGCUUCAAUGGCAUGAGGGACAGGACAAUCGACAGAGAGUUCAAACGUGACUACAGUUAUAUUUCUCAAGCUGUGUCUGUGUGUGAGGAGAGACAGCUUCCUUGUCCAUCACGUCUGAUCGAUGUCUUUAGUGACACAGCUGUCAUCACCUUUCCAAACAGCAGGCUUGACGGAUUCCCACAAUCCUCCAGGGUGGAGCUGGCUGAACCACAGUAUGAACACUGCACUGAUUUGGAGAUCAUUAGGAAAGAAACAUCAAGCUGAGUUGGAACUACAUGCAGAACAGACAGAACUAUGUUUUUAAUCAUCGUCAUGGAUAUAAGCAUUUAGAAAUGAAAGUACUUUAAACUGAAGAAUGAAUCCUGUAAUACUCA